AUGUGCGCCGCCGAGGUGGACCGUCAUGUAGCCCAGCGAUAUCUGCUCAAGCGGCGGCUCGGGAAGGGGGCCUACGGCAUCGUGUGGAAAGCGGUGGAUCGGAGGACUGGCGAGGUCGUGGCCAUCAAGAAAAUCUUUGAUGCCUUCAAGGAUAAGACAGAUGCCCAGAGGACAUUCCGGGAAGUCCUGCUGCUCCAGGAAUUUGGAGACCAUCCCAACAUCGUCCGUCUCCUGGAUGUGAUCCAGGCAGAGAAUGACAGGGACAUUUACCUGGUGUUUGAGUCUAUGGACACUGACCUGGACGCUGUCAUCUGCAAGGGCACGCUGCUGAAGGAUGCCCACAAGCGCUACAUCUUCUACCAGCUCCUGCGGGCCACCAAGUUCAUCCACUCGGGACGAGUUAUCCACCGGGACCAGAAGCCAUCCAACGUUCUCCUGGAUGCCAGCUGCUUGGUGAAGCUCUGUGACUUUGGCCUUGCCCGCUCCCUCAGUGGCCUCCCUGAGGGGCCUGAUGGCCAUGCCCUGACGGAGUAUGUGGCCACACGGUGGUACCGAGCUCCGGAGGUGUUGCUGUCCUCGAGCUGGUACACCGCCGGGGUGGACAUGUGGAGUCUGGGCUGCAUCCUGGGGGAGAUGCUGCGGGGGCGGCCCCUGUUCCCCGGCACAUCCACGCUCCACCAGCUGGAGCUGAUCCUGGAGGCCAUCCCACCACCGUCAGAGGAGGACCUCCUGGCUCUCGGCUCUGGCUACGGCGCCUCCGUUCUGCAGCGCCUGGGGUCCCGGCCGAGGCAGACACUGGACGCCCUCCUGCCGGCCGACACCCCCCCAGAGGCCCUGGACCUCCUCCAGCGACUCCUGGUGUUUGCCCCGGAAAAGCGGCUCAGCGCAGCCCAGGCCCUGCAGCACCCCUACGUGCAGAGGUUCCACUGCCCGGCCCGGGAGUGGACGCUGGAGGCGGACGUGGGGCUCCCGGUGCACGAAGGCGCCCAGCUCUCGGCCGCCGAGUAUCGCAGCCGCCUCUACCAGAUGGUCCUGGAGCGCAGGGGUCACGGCCGCGUCAGGAGGGAGACGGGCCUGGGCGGCGUCCCCCCGCUCCCGGCGUCCCCGGUCAGACCUAGAGGCGCGGGGAACCCCGGAAGCUGGCCUCGGAGGGACCCCGGCCACGGCCCGGCGCACGACGCCCCCGGCGGAGCCAAGGACCUCCCCAGGCAGACCUCGGCCCCCCCGCACCAGCCUCCGCCCCCAGGAGGUCUGGGGAGAGGGGACGGGCCCCGCGGGGCCACGGCAGGGUUCCCCUCGGCAUCCUCGCGGGUGAAGCCCGGCGAGAGGCGGGCGGUGCCCUCCUUGACCUCGCAGGCCGCCGCCCGGGUGGCCGUGCAGGCCUUGAUCCGGAGUGAGCGGCCCCCGGGCCGUGGUGUGAACGCGGCCGGCGCGCGACGGGUUCCUCCCCGGCCUCCCCGGGAGGCCCGGCCCGGCCUGAGGAUGUUCAGCGCCUCCGUCUCGCAAGGAGCCCGGGCGGCCGCGCGGGCCGCGCUCGGGGGCUACUCCCAAGCCUACGGAACCGUCUGCCGCUCGGCGCUCGGCGGCCUGCCCCUGCUCCCCGGACCCCGGGCCUGAGCCGCCUUGCGGGUCUGCAACCAGCCGUCCCCCUCGCCCAGCCCCGCGCCCCUCCCCCAGUCCCUGGAUUGCCCCUCCUCCCCGCCCCGCUGCCGCCCAAGACCCCAGCGCCCUCCACCCACCUUUUCCCCCAACCUGCCCUCUCCGGGCCACAGCUGAGUUCUGGAGCUUGUCCGGGCCUCUCGGGGGGAGUAGGUGAGGGUCACACUCCAGCUUCAAUCACUUCCUCCAGUAAAGUCUGUCAG